AUGUCCAACAGUAGCUCCUUGAAUGAGUUCCUCCUCCUGGCAUUUGCAGACAUGAGGGAGCUGCAGCUCCUGCACUUCUCAUUCUUCCUCAGCAUCUACCUGGCUGCCCUCCUGGGCAAUGGCCUCCUCAUCAUAGCCAUAGCAAGUGACCACCGUCUUCACACCCCCAUGUACUUCUUCCUCCUCAACCUCUCCCUCCUCGACCUUGGCUCAAUCUCCACCACUGUCCCAACAUCCAUGGCCAACUCUCUGUGGGACACCAGGGCCAUUUCCUACACAGGGUGUGCUGCACAAAUGUUUCUACUUGUUUUCUUCUUAGGAGGAGAGUGUUCUCUUCUUACAGUCAUGGCCUAUGACCGCUACAUUGCCAUCUGCGGACCCCUGCACUACAGCACACUCAUGGGGAGCAGAACUUGUGUCAAAAUGGCAGCAGCUGCCUGGGCCAGUGGUUUUAUCAAUGCUCUCCUGCAGACUGCUAAUACAUUUUCAUUACCACUGUGCCAAGGCAAUAAUGUGGACCAGUUCUUCUGUGAAAUCCCCCAGAUCCUCAAGCUCUCCCGCUCAGACUCCUACCUCAGGGAAGCUGGCCUUCUUUUGAUUAGUGCUGCUUGGGCUCAAGCCAAUGAGCUCAUCGAUGAUGUAUUAGGGAAUGAGGGCUGUAUUCAGUUCUCACUUGCCAGAAGCAGGUUCAUGGCCUCCGUGCAGACCGCGAGGUCACUGCUGCCCGAGUACCGGAUAGACCAGGAGCAGGAACAGCAUCAGCAGAGCAACUGUGAGGCCACUUCAGCCUGA